ACUAUAUUGUGAUUUAGAGUUAUUGCAUGACGUACGCGGAAGACCGCACUUACCACCUUCCUCCCCGUCCUCUUGCAUUCUACCAACAGCAAACACUUAAUUAGCCUGAACCAGUUCCUUAGGAGCCUCGUUUUUGCGCCUUUGCAGUGUUUUUGUUUCAAUUCUCUCUUUAAGAAGCAGGAUUAAAAGUUUUUUGCAAAGAGCCGAAUUCUUGUCUCUCUUUUUUUUCUACAUUCACUGUUCCUUCUGUCCUUUUUUGUAACGAUUUAUUGACUUUUUGAUUUACGAUGCACAGCAAAACCACAGACAGUUUCGAAAACGAAAAUAAUGUCGAUCUGUCCGGCGAACUGAUUGAUCCAGCCGAAUUACGCUCGUACGGUGUGAACGGUCGAAUUAUUUAUGCUCUCCGUCACCUGCCAUUCAAGGCCUGUGUCCAUGAAAAUUCGCGCAAGUGGGAGUUCCGAGGCCGUCGUGGUGCUACUAGCAUCUACUCAAGCAUGAAUUGGCUCGCGAACUCGACGUACUGGAAAACGGUGCUUGUCGCGUGGACAGGUGUUAUUCCUACGAUUGAUGACGGCGAGAAAACAGGAUCCUCUAAUGAACAGCGAUUUACCGAUCGGCCAACGACGAUUACUCCCAAAGACGUCGAUAACUUUGAGCAAUCAUAUAAAAACUGGGUCUCUGACAAGAAGACCGAGUACCAUCCUAUCUUUUUAAAGAGGAAAUCCACUUCUGACGAUGUUGUGUUAUCGGAAGAAGUUUCGUGUCAGGCUCGCUGGCUUGCUUACGCGGAAAAUGUAAUUCGUCCCCUUAUUCACUACAAAUACUGGCAGGAUACCGAUAACGACGAUGAAGAAGAACAAUGGUGGAAUGACUAUGUGAAAAUGAACUGGAGAUAUGCUGAGAAGCUUAGUGAGAUUUAUGAGCCGGGCGACUUUAUUUUUGUCCAGGACUACUCUCUGUUCCUGGUGCCCCAAUUCUUAAAGGAGCUUCGCAAAGAUGCCAUGAUUGGUUUCUUCCAUCACCAUCCUUUCCCUAGUUCUGAGAUUGCUCGUUGCUUCCCGAGACGCAAGGCCAUUCUUCGGGGAGUUUUGGGAAGUACGUUCAUUGGUUUUCAAGACUACUCAUACGCCCGUCACUUCAUUAGCUGCUGCGCUCGUGUACUGGGCCUCGAGACUGGACAUGAUUGGGUUUCACUCGAAGGCAAUCGUGUCUCGAUUCGUACUAUCUCCGUCGGUAUUGAUGUUCCCCGUGUCAUUCGCGCCAGCAGUGCACCCGCUGUAAACGAGCGUUUGGCGGAGCUUGACAAGCAAUUUGGUUCCUUGAAGCUUAUUGUUGGUCGUGAUCGACUUGAUGAGCUCUACGGUGUGCCUCAGAAGUUCCGUGCCUUCCAACGGUUCCUUCGAAACUAUCCCGAUUGGCGUGGAAAGGUUGUGUUGGUCCAGAUUACCAUCUCUUCUGCUUUUACACAUCCCGAGCUUUCUGCUCGGAUCAAUCGGAUUGCAAAUGCUAUUAACAGUGAAUUUGGUACGGAACACUACACGCCUGUUAUUCAUUACCACGAGCAAUUGGAGCCUUCGCAUUAUUAUGCUCUGCUCCGUCGUGCAGAUGCUGUCUUCAUUAGCUCUAUCCGUGAAGGCCUGAGCACACUCGCUCUGGACUAUGUAGUAUGCCAACGGGACCGUUUCGGCGUUGUUUUGCUUUCCGAGUUUACUGCUACCUCGUCCUUGUUGCACGACGUCCCUCUAAUUAAUCCAUGGGACUACACGGAGUGUGCUGAGGUGAUUAACAAUUCGUUGAACAUGCCGUUGGAGAAGCGUAAAAUGGUUCACCGUGAAUCCUACAAGCAGGUGACUACUCACACGAUGCAAGCUUGGACAUCCUCCAUGAUUCGUUCUCUUGCCAAUAGAAUAGCCAGCUCCAAAUCUGUUCAACACAUUCCCCUUCUCACCGAUGGAACCGCUUUACCCGUUUUUAAACGCGCGAAGCAACGUUUGAUUAUGCUUGAUUAUGAUGGAACUUUGACUCCCAUUGUCAAGGAUCCUAAUGCCGCAGUUCCUUCUCCCAAAUUGCUUGACAGCUUGCGUAAACUAGCUGCAGACAAGAGAAACCAAGUAUGGAUCAUCUCUGGUCGUGAUCAACAGUUUCUUCGCAAGUGGAUGGACGAUGUGAAGGGUCUUGGUCUUUCUGCUGAACAUGGAAGUUUCUUGCGCCGCCCCCAUAGUACCGAGUGGGUUAACUUAGCCGAAUUGUUGGAUAUGUCUUGGAAGGAAGAAGUGAGACGUAUCUUCCAAUACUUCACUGAUCGUACUCAAGGUUCUUCAAUCGAGGAGAAGCGUUGUUCUAUGACCUGGCAUUACCGUAAGGCUGACCCAGAAAAUGGUGCAUUCCAGGCUCUCGAAUGUCAGGCCUUGUUGGAAGAUCUUGUCGUUUCCAAGUAUGAUGUGGAGAUUAUGGCAGGAAAGGCCAAUAUCGAAAUUCGUCCUUCCAGUAUUAACAAGGGUGGUAUCGUAAAACAAAUUAUCGAAGACUACCCUGUGAAUGCACGCCCUGGCUUCGUUUUCUGUGCUGGUGAUGAUAGAACCGACGAAGAUAUGUUCCGUUCUCUUCAGAAAAGUGAUAUUGACAAAAAGGCGAUGUUUGCUGUCACCAUUGGUUCAAGCAACAAGCUCUCGAUUGCAGAAUGGCAUCUUCCCGAGCCUCAAAGUGUUAUUGACCUGCUCGCCGACCUUGCAGCUACGGAGUAAGCAAGUAUUUACGACUGCUACAAAGCAAGCAUACAUUUAAACAUCGUUUUACGUGAUGACGGUGCAUGGUUUGCGAAACAGCGAUUUACAUGAAUCCCUUGUUCUUUAUCGUGCUCUACAUUUCAUCGCGAAAGAUGGAUGUGCUGCUGGAUGAGGGUGCUUGAUAUGGGGUACCGCUUUAAUUCACGAAACCAGUCCUUAUGUUAAAUGACCCCUCUAUUGAUGAGAGCGCAUCUUCUUCCAGCUCUAUGACAUUCUCACGACAGGCUUUCCCUUCGUUCGCCGUUUCGUUCACGAUCUUGACUCGGCUUGUGGAUGUUGUAUCUGUGUUACGAGUGCGACUCUCAUCGCAGGACGACAUGCAUUACUGUAUUAAAUAGACAAUGACUAAAUGAUCCUUAAUCCCUUGAGCUCUGCUCUGCACAGAGUACAGUCUGUAUGUAACACACGGCUUAAACGACGCCGUAAAGCUGCGACUGAUGCAUCGAAAAGGCCCAAAUUCGAACAGAUGAAGACCUCAGUAAAGGACUGGGCGACUUAUGUACAUAUGUAGUAGUAAUAGUAAAAGUAGUAGUAAAAAAUAGUAGGACUGAAUGCUGUGAUUGUUCAUGUGUUAAGUGUGUGC